AUGUUACGGCCCACCCUCGUCCCGCGAAUAGGUCGCGCUCUCUUCACGCAGUCCCGGCGCUCUAUCCAGACAGUUCCUCCAUUGGCACACGAUUUCAGGAAUGGGGUACCGAACCUGCUGUCGCCAGGAGGUUUCGAUUUGGCAUGGACACAAUAUCAGAGCUAUCUGGUGGAAAAGCUGAAUGCUACCACAGCAGGUCUAGAUCUGGCAUCAUGUAAACCGAAAGAUAUCAUCCUAAAGACCGCUCGAGAUCCUUCAGCUGCCGCCAUCUUCAAUUACGCCAGUAUGGCGCAUAACAACCAUUUCUUUUUCAGUUGCCUUUCUCCGAAUAAAACCGCAAUGCCAGCGACUCUUAAACACAAGCUGGAACAAUCAUUUUCCUCCAUCAACACCCUAGAAAGGGAAAUUGUGCUCAUGGCAUCCUCGAUGUUCGGCCCGGGAUUCGUGUGGCUGAUGCAGACGAAGGACGGGAAAUUCAGCUUGUUGAACACAUAUUUGGGCGGUACCCCUUAUCCACAGGCGCAUUACAGACAGCAGCCCGUGGACAUGAACACCGAAGAUCCAAACGUUCCCGAAUCAGUGCGGAGAAAGCUUCGCAUGAACCCAGUAAACACGGUUGGUGCCCACGGUGUGAACAGUAAAGAUAGAAUUCCACCCGGAGCUACAGAUCUCACGCCAGUUUUGUGUAUCAACACCUGGGAGCAUGUGUUCAUUCAGGAUUACGGCUUUGGUGCGGGCGGCGUGGGAGGAAAGAGAGCUUAUGCGGAGGCCUGGUGGACGGCGAUUGAUUGGAAUGUGGUCGCUGCAAACUCGUCUCUGCAAUCCACCGAAUUUGAGAGGUGA